GGCAAAUCAAUAAAUACAUUCGUUGAGAGCGAACGCGCUGCGCAAAAGUGAAAAUCUAUUCAACGAACGCAUAAAAAAGUUAUGCCGCACAAUAAUCAGCAGCCCUCCGCACCUGGCGACGAUCCUUUGGGUCCGCCGAAGGCAGAUUUUAGCGCACCGCCGCCAUACGAGCCGGACGCACAGGGUCAUGGCGGACAGCAGCCAUUGGCGCCGCAGUUGCCGACGCUGGCGCUGACCACACAUGUUGGGAACGAUGCGGAUCAGUCGCAGAGCUGUGAGGUGGCGCUGCCGCAGGAGCUGCAUGGCAAGCUGCCCACAUACGAGGAGGUGCAAAUGGAGAAGUCAUUGAAUGGAGAGCUGCCGCCCGCAUUUCUGACCUUGCCAACGACCCAACAGUUGCCGCCGCCGCCAAAUCCGUUGCUGCCGCUGCCACCAAAUCCGCUGCGCGAUGGCCCCGGUGCCGUGCGCUCCAAUCAUCCGGCGCUGACGUUCAUUGCCAUCGAUGCGGGCGAUCCAGAGAAUAGCUUAUCGACCACAGACAAUUUACUGGGCACGGACAUUAUGUUUAUUACGGCGUUUAUGGUGGCAUUUCUAUUCAACUGGAUUGGCUUUCUGAUGCUCACCUGUUUCUGUCACACAAUUGCGGCCAGGUAUGGCGCCCUGUCUGGCUUCGGCUUGUCGUUGGCCAAGUGGACGUUGAUUGUGAAGCACUCGACGGACUUGGCAUCGCAUGAGAACUCUUGGCUCUGGUGGCUAAUCUGCGCCUUUGGGUUCCUGAUUGCCAUACGUGCAUUCAUACAGUAUGUGAGCAUUAAACGCUCCUGGCGCCUGCUCUCCGCAUCGGCCCAGGAGCGUUUGCUCUUCUUCUACUAGGUGCGGGCGCCGUCGCCGACGGCGGGUUAUGUAAAUACAUUAGAAGUGCGAGUCAUUUGAAAACGAUGAACAUAAGCAAAUAUCCUUUACGUUCGAUCCCAAAAACACACAAACAGAAACAGAAAGUGAAAGAGAAACAAAACAAAGAAAGAAAUGAAAUCAAAUGCGAACUUACUAUUGGUUAGUGUUCUCUGUAGUUACUAUGUUAAAUAGCGCAAGUUAAUCCAUAAAUCCGUUAAAGCUAGCAUCUAAUAUUGUCGGCAUGUCAAUGAGACAGGCGCACAGAGUAGUGAGAGUCGAGAUGUGGAUUCCAUUUGGAGCCCGUUUCGCUGCACCUUUUGCCCAUCUAAUUGAUGUAUGUUCUUGUAUAUGUAAACUGUGUAUAGAUGUCUCACUGUAGUAUCUUCUAUUUUUAGUAGUCGAAAGAAAGACACCACACACCACACGUAGCAAAAUGUAUGCCACCAUAUUUUAUGUUGAGUCUAUUAUAUGCUGUGGUACUUAAACAGCUACAACACAAAAGCCAGCAGUAAUUUUUCUAGAUAAAUGCAAAGAAAACUAUUAUAAUUACGAUUAU